AUGGAUGAAAAAGUUCGCCUGCUGGAGAAUAUUAACUUCCACCAGUUGGCCGCCCAGCACCCCUCGCUGGACCAAUUUUUCGUGGGUUCCCAGUACAACUUUGACACCCACGAGGGGUUGAUAGAGCUAGCCCAGGUCAUACUACUAGAAUAUUUCCAACUGAAAGUCCAGUUGGACAAAACAAGAUUAUGUCCCCGCAUUCCUAACAGACUGAAGUAUUUGAGACUGGUAGGUUCGUUAGUUGAGCAGUUUAAAUUGGGGGAUUCUCCAUUGAUCUUAGAUAUUGGCACGGGCCACACUUGUAUAUAUCCAUUAUUAGGGUCCAGGCUAACUUCCUGGAGGUUUAUUGGCACAGACAUUGAUGAGAGAAGUCUUGAAUGUGCGAAGAAGGUUUUAGAAGAGAACAAUGUAAGCAGUGAGCGGAUUCAACUGAAAUUGGUUCGAAGUGGAGACGAUCCCUUUAUGGACAUAGAAAACUGUGACGUCGUCAUGACCAACCCUCCCUUUUAUGACGAGACUGGAAUCAAACAAAAUAAACCUGAGAAACCAGUACUUGUUGGAAAACCGACGGAACUCGCAACUGAAGGUGGUGAAUCACAAUUUAUCAUCAAUAUGAUAAACCAUAGUGUGAAGUAUCCCGGCAGAAACACCGUAUAUUCUUCCCUGGUUGGAAAGUAUAAUUCUCUAGAGCCUGUGGUAGGAAAACUGAAGGAAUUGAAUAUUACUAAUUACGGGCUGAGCGAGUUCAGUAAUAAGACCAAACGAUGGAUCGUAUUCUGGACCUUCAAUAAGAACAGGCCUUCCGAUAACAUAAGAAUGAUCAAAAGGUCUACUUUCAAUCCUGAAAAGCACGAAAUUUUCAUCCCGCUAAAGAAUAAAAUCAACUUAGUUGAUUUUCUUUCCUCGAUACAGCGCACAACAAUAGAGAGAGAGAAUGAAGUCAUCGUCUUUAAGACCAAAGGUAUAGUUUGGUCCCGAAAGUUUCGACGAACAAACGGUACUAAUUUUUUGAAGGAAAAAGGUCUGGGAUCAAUCUUUCGAAUAACGGAACUUGAAACCAAAAUAAAAAUCCACUGGUGUUACGGAGAUGAUCGUGCGGUGUUUGAAAGUCUCUUGGGAUUAAUCACCCGAAAGACACAACAAAGUUCAGGUGAACCCUUAUAA